AUGUCGCCAGCUGCAGAACGAGACCGAGAAGCUUUAGGCGAUCGGGUCAGUCUCAUUGAACUCGUCAAGAAGGUACCGAACCUGAAACAGGUCGUUGUGGUCUGGGACGAGAGGAAUGGCCCCUCGCAAGACAGAGUGCGAGAGAGUGCCAUUUUCUUAGAGAAGUUCAAGAAGACUUUGGUAAAGUUAGGUCGUGCGUCGCUUCGGAUUGACAUUGAGUUCAAAUCCGAGGGCAUGAUCGAUGCAUUUUAUAUUCGAUGGCAUCUUCGACGGUAG